AUGGAUAGGUCCCAUUCCUACCGUGCCCUCGAUUUUUCGCUGCUCCCGCAGAAGCGCACAGCCAUGGCCACCGCCGCCGCCACAGCCGCCUUACCGUUGCACCACCCCCGGACCUUCGCCCUGCAGCAGGGCGAGUUGGAUGGGCGCUUUGCGGAUGCCGAAGAGAAACCAGCAGCACCAUCCGAGAAGCCCGCGGAGGCGGAGGUGGAUGCGGAGGAGGACGAGGACGACGAUGAGGACGAUGACGAGGAGUAUUGGUCCUACCAUGACGUGGGUGAAGCCCUAGACUGGCUCGACGCCGCGGAGGGCCCGGAUGGCUCGACGCGUCUUUCCUCAACAUUCUCGGCCGCCGGAAGCGCCGCUGCGGCGCGGAGGCCGAACGCGCACGGCGGCAUGCUCGCGCGCACACUCCAGCCACUCUCCAACCGCACACAGAAGCUGGCCUCGCACGUCCGCGCUGCUCCCUUGGAGGAGUGGGAAGGUAGAAUGAACGUGGGGAUGUCAAAUUCCGUGACGACUGCAAUCAGGGACAGCAUAAGGGAUACUGCAAUUGGGAAAACAAGGAACACUGGGAAGGCAGAUCGUGCUACAGUUGAACAGGCUAUUGACCCAAGAACCCGCAUGGUUUUGUUCAAAAUGUUAAACCGUGGUGUUUUUAAUAACAUAAAUGGUUGCAUUUCUACCGGAAAAGAGGCAAAUGUAUAUCAUGCAACAAAGACAGAUGGCAGUGAGUUAGCAAUUAAAGUCUAUAAAACUUCAGUGCUUGUUUUUAAGGAUAGAGAUCGAUACGUUCAAGGAGAUUAUCGUUUUAGACAUGGUUACUGCAAGCAUAAUCCUCGGAAAAUGGUAAAGACCUGGGCUGAAAAGGAAAUGCGGAAUCUUUUACGAGUUAGAGCAGAAGGAAUCCGAUGCCCGAAGCCGUUGCUCUUGAGGCUUCAUGUUUUGGUGAUGGAAUUUAUAGGAAAAGGAGGUUGGGCUGCUCCUCGUCUUAAGGAUGCUGCUUUGUCGGAUGACAAGUUGCGUGAAACUUACUUUGAGAUUGUUACAACCAUGCGGACACUUUACCAAAAGUGCAAGCUUGUCCAUGGUGAUUUGAGUGAAUACAACAUUCUUUAUUUUGAGGGACACUUGUACAUCAUUGAUGUUUCACAGUCUGUCGACCUUGACCAUCCUUCAGCAUUGGAUUUCCUGAAGGAAGAUUGCUUGCAUGUUAAUGAUUUCUUUGAAAAACGAGGCAUUCCUGUCAUGACAGUAACAGAGCUAUUUAAUUUUGUUGUGGAUCAAAAUAUCGCUGAUGAAGAUGUUGAUGAUUACCUGGAGAAGGUUCAACAAAAGAUUUUGGAAAAUGGAGAUACAGCUGCAGAUGAUGAUGAAAUUGCUCCGACAGUCUUGGUGCAGACGUUGGAUUAUGUGAAGCAAUGUGAGGCAGAUAUUGUCAGCAUGUCAAUGAUGCAACGCCCAUCUGUUGGUUAUGAGCCAACAGCAGAUAAGCUUUAUGACCAGCCACUGUUAGGAUUUGUGCGGGCUAAAAAUGAGCCUACCGAAAACCAGGAAGCACAGCCGGCACAGAAAACACGGGAAGAACCCUUGGACCUGCAAACUAAGUGCUCGUUGGAGAACAAGGAGGAAGAUGAAUCGGGUGACAGUGAGUCCUGCUCUAGAUCCGACGAAGACGGUUCGUGGCACGAGUCCACAAAGAUGGGGCCCGAGGAAAGGAAGGCUGCUCGCAAGGAAAACAAGAAGAAAGUGAAGGAGGAAAAGAGGGAAACUCGCAAGACGAAGAUCCCCAAGGCCGAUAAGAAGAAGAGGAAGAAAAUGGCGAAAGCGAAGUGCAAGCGGUAG